AUGUCAUUACGUCAAUGGAAAGCUGCUGUUGUGCAAUCUGAGCCAUGCUGGUUCGACAAAAAAAAAUCUGUCGAGAAGACGUUGAUGCUGAUCGAUGAGGCAGCAGAUAACGGAGCUUCUCUGGUGGCUUUCCCGGAAGUUUGGAUACCUGGCUACCCCAACUAUAUCUGGACUGGCAACUUCAAACAAAACAAAAAGCAAAAUGGUAAUUACAUCAAUAAUUCUAUAUCUGCCUAUGGUCCCGAGAUGAUUGAAAUAAGAAAACUUGCUGCCAGAAGAGGAAUUUUUGUCGGUUUGGGAUUUAGUGAGCUGGACAAAUCUAGUUGUUAUAUGAGCCAGGUGUUAAUUUCAGACGAAGGGGAAGUCUUGAUUCACCGCC